UCAGAUCUAAACCUCGCAGACAAGUGCUCGAUUCAUACCUCGGAUUUUAAUAAAAUUACAACAUCGUUGACUCGUAUCUACCUGUAUAUUACCUGGGCGAGGUGUUGACCAGAUGGCGCGCUCAUCGUAGAAACGUUGAGCCUUUAUUUGAAAGCCGACGCGCUGUCAUCAUUCAGUGAAUUAUCAGAUAAUUCCAUUUCCAUCGGAGUGUUUAUUGAGGUUAAGUGGUUCUAUUUUGUGGAAUUUUAAACAGCCUUUUCGCAAGUUACGACGAUUCGUUGAACUUCACUUUGCGUCGUAUGUGUCGUGCAGUCGUGUCCUUUCAUCCCUUUCUUCAUUAAGAGUAAAUUCUUACUCACCUCGAGUAAAAAAAAUAAGUGAUAGGUGCUUUGUCGUGAGUAAUUCGAAUCUGCAUUUGACAAGUCGGAUUCUCUGUGAAAGAUCGAGCCAACUACUUUGAGUUCCGGUGGGGUCGCCGGAAGUAGCUGAGCGUGACGAUGACGGCGCUAACGGAAAAACGUGGGAACUGGCAUCGCGCGUAGCCGUGUAGCUCCAUUAGUUGGCGCACGCUAAACGAGCUCGCGGAUAAUCGCAUUAUAUACUUUGCGACAAAUGUCUCUCUUCCACGGGGAAAUCCGCUGUCGCAAAGUGGUGCCGCGCGUGAGCUUCUUGCGUCGGUGAUAAACGAGUAUACACGGCAAAAAGAAGAAGAAAUAUAAAAAAACAACGUACGAAAUAAAAGACAACGGAUGGAAGAGAUCAACCUGUUUCCUUCGGGUUAAUUGGCUCGUGGAAGUGCUCAACUGUUAAGACAAAAAAACCGAGGGCAGCGCUUCCGAUUUGACUCGGAUUAGGAAAAUAUUGUAUCGAUUAAACUGCGGAAGAGGCGAUAAAUAAAUUCGCGAGGAAACAAGUUCAUAAAGUGCCACCGAAGUCUCGUGACUGGAUUAAUUGACGCAUUAACGCGGCCAACGUGUGUGUGAAGUUCGUUUAAUUAAAAGUGUGCCACAUCACGGGACACUCUGCUUUAAUAGAAAAGGUCCGUUCCGGAUAUCGGAUUCGUGAAAGUUGAACAAAGUGUCAGCCUCAGUUCUAGUCCCUGUCCGUCCGACAACCCUGUUCGACAUUGAAUUUUUACGUAGUUCGACAGUUUCGUAACGUUUCAAGAAAUUUGAGGCGAAAAGCGUCUUCAACGUCUUCGCGUUACGUAGACGACGAUUACUUGGCGACAGGGAAAAGUAAGAUCGGAAAUCAACGACGGUCUUGACAGCCGUAUUGAGGACACGGAGCAGUCAUCGUUUAAAAAUAAAACGAGAGAGAGAGAGAGAGAAAGAUCGCGACUCAUCAUCGCAUAAGGCGAGUCCGACUGCAUUGUGCGAUCACACUGGUGUGCGGUGGAAUAUACGCGAUUCCCCACCGUCGUGUCCGCGGUGUCUGGAAGGAAGCGGAGUGAGAGGAAAGAGAGAGAGAGAGUGAGAGAGAGAGAGUGAGAGAGAGAGAGAGAGAGAGAAAAGAGACUCAACCGCGAGAGACCAGAAACGGAGAGAGAGAGAGAUCGGAAUCCCACUCUUCUAGGUAGAAUCUGUGACGUUGGACAAGUCGUAUGACCAGUUUGGGACCAGUUUGCUGGUAGAACGCGAGGAUUAAAAAAUAAAAAGAAGACGACGCGCGAAGAAGAAGAAGAAGAAGAGAAACGAAAAGGAGCAGAAACAGGAGAGGCCAACAGUCGUCUCCCUGACGUUCAUCCGACUGCGUUUUCCUCGCCGGCAGCAUCUCGCCGCCAUGUCAUUCGCGCACCGCGACAUCCAUCAGCAGUAGCCCUCUCUUCUUCCCUCUUUCUGUUUCUCUCUCGCUCUGUCUGACCGCGGUAUUCAUUCAGUGGCUGCUGUGUGUGCCGAACUAAAAUUACUCCGGAGUGUACCGAUCCACACGCGGAGAACGGAGUUUCGCUUCAGCGUUUUCGGAGUCCCCGUUACGCGAUCGCGACAAGGAGGCGUAGCUCUCGACGAGGCCAUCGAGAGUGUGUGUGCGAAAACGUGUGAUGUCGCGUAGGAUUGAGCCGAUGACGUUCCGCGAUACGUUUGCGUUCGAUCGGGAAGCCCCGUCGGCACGUACUCGGUGACACGGCCAGUCUUGGACGGAGGCGUAACGUCAGAGAAUCGAACGUGCUGAUAAAUAAUAAAGACACCUGCGGGAUUCCAGAGUCUACGUCUCGCGGCGAAGAGAAAGCGGCUGAGAAAGGUCAGCCGUUGACGGAUCGACAAGCCUGUACGUACAGCGUUUGAAGAAAUUCUCGAUAGAAGACGGUCGGAUAUAUCUUGAAGAGGAUUUGUUUCAUCGUCUCGUUUCGCGAUUACACGCGCUACCGAAAAGGUCACAGGUGUGACGGAGUGCGGACGACAGCGAUCGGUAUCGCGUAUGGUGCACCAAGGGACAAUCGCGAAACUACCAACGGCCCGUUGUGUUUGGAUACUUGACGCGGGUGGCGGUACUGCUCGUCGUGAAAACAUCGACGUUACAAGAGAGAAAUGGGAAACCACCCGUCCGCCCACCAGCCACUCGAGAGGGCUACCAGCCAUGCUGGAAACGGUCUUCGCCUCUCGAAGCGCGAGAGGUCGCCGGGGAAAAGGAUGGACAGGCUUCGACGGAGCUUCCGGGACAGCUUCCGCCGGCGGAAAGACCCUCACGUGCCCGAGUCUAGCAAGCCUCAUCAGUGGCAAGCUGAUGAGAGUGCUGUGCGUUCGGCUACAUGCGCUUUUCACGUUAAGUACCUGGGAUGUGUGGAGGUGUUCGAGUCGAGAGGUAUGCAGGUCUGCGAGGAGGCUCUGAAGGUUCUUCGAAACUCGAGACGAAGGCCCGUGCGCGCGGUGCUUCACGUAUCUGGCGACGGUCUGCGAGUCGUAGAGGAUGAGACGAAGGGAUUGAUCGUCGAUCAGACGAUCGAGAAAGUUUCGUUCUGCGCGCCCGACAGAAAUCACGAGAAAGGAUUCAGUUACAUCUGCAGAGACGGCACGACAAGACGAUGGAUGUGUCAUGGAUUUUUAGCGUUGAAGGAAUCGGGGGAACGAUUGAGUCAUGCAGUGGGCUGCGCUUUUGCCGCAUGUCUGGAGAGAAAACAACGACGAGACAAGGAAUGUGGAGUUACAAUGACUUUCGACUCGAAGACUUCCACCUUCACGAGAAGCGGCAGCUUUAGGCAACCGAGUCUUACCGAGCGAUUGCAGGAAUCGCGCGAUCGUGCAGUAGAUGUUCCUCCGGUUAAGCAAGUAUUCAAUCCCUUCGCAAUCGAAAGGCCGCACGCCACUCCGUCUAUGUUAGAGCGACAGGGUUCCUUCCGAGGUUUCACGCAGCUUAAUCAAGCAUCUCCAUUCAAGAGGCAACUCAGUCUGCGAGUUAAUGAUCUUCCUAGCAACCUCGAACGCACACGUAGUCACAGUCUCGAGCCAACGGACUUGUCGCGAAUGCCUUCAGCCCUCUCGCAUAUUGUACCUUUGAAACCUCCAGAGUUCGAGGGAUAUGACGAAGUGAGCCCAAUACCAGAAAUAUCUCCGGGCGGUCAGGAUAGCGUCUCCGCGAUGUGUCAGCAGCUUUCUCGAGGGCUUUCUCUGCUCUCGAGCAGCGACGACUUCGGACCAAUGCCACAAUUAUCUCAGCCUACCUCGAGCAACGUCGGCAAGCAGCUUUUCACCAGCUCUACCACUACUAGCUCUCCUCCAGUAACGAGUAGCAGCUCGUUGGAUGAGAUAAAACUGCAAAGCAAUCCCGGUAUCAACAACAACAACAACAACGACAACAAGAACGACGAGCUCAGUAGUCUGAACCACGUCGGGCCCAGCUGGCAGGAAUCGGCAUCUCCCGUUCUCGCGUCGAAUCACAGGCUCACGCCCAUUCUAAAGACAAGCAACUUGAGUCCCGUUCUUCCAAGAACGAACGCGCCCACUCCGGUCGUUAUGAGCACACCGGCACCUGUCUCCUCGAGUGUGGGUGCCUUCGGCACGCCACCGCCGUCGGCGGCGAGUCCCGCUUUCAGCACGGGUUCUACGUCCUCGUCUUUAGGAAAUACAUCCACGUCGGCCGUGAACAGAUCGCCCAUUCCGAUAAACUCAGUGAUAACUCCGAAAACGAGUUCCCCCACUACGAGCGUGGCGUCCGUUUCAUCGGCAUUGUCCACCUCGACCGACGUCGUUCCAGUCUCAUCGACAACCGGUAUCCCAACGUCUUUGGUACAGCCGCUUUCCACCGCAGCCGGUUUACCAAAACCGGAACAAUGGUUGGGUAGCAUAACCAGCUCCGUGCCGUCACCGGUGCCGCAGCAGACCAGUCCACGGCGUGCACCCCCUCUUCACGCGAGAGCACUCUCGCUCGGCUCGGCCGCGAUGAGCGGCCAGGCUUCCAGGAGUGGACCGUCCGAUCCGUUUGACGUUGAAUGGGCGGAGAUCGCCGCCCGGAAUCUGCGACAGGCGAGCACGACGAAUCCCUUCAUUAUGCCGAACGCAACGCAGGCGUUCCAGGUGCAGUUGUAGCGUCAGGAGUUCAUUAACAGCGUCGCCAAGUAUUUCCGUUCGAGCACAUAGCACGCCCGCUCGCGCUUCGACCCCGCGCACGAUCGAAAGUAUUACACGUGAGCCGCGUGUCUCCGUACCGAUCGCAGUCUCUUAACACGAUCGCGGACACGCGUCUCCGAGAGAAGGGAAAGAGAUUGAAGGUAGCUCGGGGGCGAAGCAGAAACGACGGUUUUUCUUGUCGGCGGAAGUAGCAACGACGGUAGCAGCGAACUGAACCAGCACAAAAAUAUCAGCAGAAUACUUUAUAGGUAGAUAAGUAUACGCGCACACAGCCUUAACGACCUCAGUAAGAAUAAAGAUUAAAAACAAAAAAUAAAUAAACAACACGCAUAAAGCAGACGUCCGGAUGACGUGACACACAAAGCAAAAGAGGGACACAAAGUUUCACGCACCAGUAAUAAUAGAUGUCGAUCGAGAGUAAGCAAUAGAUGUCGCGAAGCAUGCGACAAAACUCCUCGGCCUCGACGCCGAUAAUUAUACCUAAAUGUCUGUCACGCGAUGUCGCAAUUGGAUAUCCCAAUUAUCUUGCGUAGAGUUAGGCUCGAACCCCGAGCGGUUAUCGUCGUUUUCUGCAUGAAGAAAAAAAACAAAAAAAAAACAAAAAAAAAAAACGAAAUUGUACGCACCCAAGAUUACACUGCACCUUACUGUUUUUUCUUUUUUUUUAAAAAAAAAAAAAACGAAAGAAGUACAUAGUGUAGUUUGCGCUUCGCGGUCCUAUUCACGAUCUGGAUCGCGAGGCGCGAGAUAAUAAAUCGUACCUUCCUUUCAAAAGAGAGGGAAAAACUUGCAUUUCCGGCGGGCUCACCCGGCUCAGGUAAGCAUGAGUGCGCAUGAGACACGUCUUGUCAGACGUGAAACGCGAUCAGAAAAGAAUGUCAACAUCAGCGUGACUGUGAUAUCGAACGCGCGAAGUGGCCAGUACUUAAGCAGAACAGGGUCGAAACGCGGAUUGCGACGUACGAUCGUGAGGAACUUGCUCAAAGUCGUCGCGACGAAAGCGAAGAAAUGACGAACGAUCGUGAGCUCGGGUUCCAAAAACUCUAUCGUGCCGUAUAACAGGCAGAAAGAAAAAAAACACUCAUAGAUUAAUUAAGUAAAUAUUAGUUGUUGAAGGUUAGCAAAAAGACAAGUACGUCUUAUACUAUCGUUGUCUAUUAUAACACACGGUCGCGCGUGUUGCAUUUACCGUAAAACAGACCGAGGACCGCGGAAUAUGAUGAUGACGAUAUGAUGACGUAGAGUCAUAGAAAGGCAGAGAGAAAUUUCUCGCACUAGAACGACUUUAGCGCGCGACGGUGCUUCCGCUCUGCAAUAAUAAAUUUGUGAAAAUCGUUGGCUGAGCCGGUCCUCGGUGUGCGAGCUCGUAUCUACGAUCCGAUCGCGGUCGACGGUGUACGUCGUAGCGAGGAGGAUUUCCUAUAGGUUCCACGUAGUAAUUGAUAGUAUCCCGUGAGAUAUGUCAGUAUUGCGUCUCGCAGCUUUCUGUCUUUCAAGCUAAAAACGGCUGCACUUUCGGUUUUUCAAAACGGAUUGAGGAUAAAACGUCGACAAGGGAGAUAUAUAUAUUCAAGGAGAAAUCACUGAGGCGUGUGUGUAUGCAUUGUACAUAGAAUUAGGUAUAUGAAAUUGCAGAGAGAAAUCGCGGAGGUCAUUGAGCCGGCGACUCCGCUCCUACAGCGCGAAAUAUUGCUGAAACGUCGCAAGAAUAUUAUUUUACACAAGAAUGGAAUGCAAUAUUCCUGAAAGAUUGUCACAAUGUGGAUAUUAAGUACGUCCGCUUCCAGAAGCAUAUGUUCCUCCGCAACGAUGAUGCUGAUGUAUUUCGAAAUAUAUUGUAGAUACAAUAUUUCCGCAACAUUGAUGCUAUAAUCAUACAAAUCCACCGUCGUACUUGUUAUAAUUUAGUUUAGAUACAGGAUAUUGUCAAAGAAUACAUCUUAUAAUAUUUCUGACAUGUAAUCGCAGCAUAUUAUUGACACAAUAUUGUGCAAUACCUAUGGAAUAUUACAUUUAAAAUAAUUUGUAUAAUAUUUCUACAUAUUUAUAAUAUAUGUGGCAAUAUUAAUAAUAUAUAACUGUAAUAUAUAUAUUUUCCUGCAAAAUUUUAGCAACAUUUCAUGCUGUAGGAGCGCAAUGAGACGAGAGGAACUCUUCCUGAAUAAAGUUUUAAUCGAAGCGUACAGUCGGGCUUCCGUGUGUCUUUUUCUCUCAUCGGGACCGACUUUUAUUUGUACAAUAACAGUCAAAUGUAUGUGUGAGGACUGAAGAAGGCGUCGCACAAGAAUAGACGAAAUCGGUCCCAAUGAGAAAAAAUGCACGGGGAGAAGCUCGAUUGCAAUAUUAUCUCAACAAAUUGUAUAAUAACGUUGUAUUAUAUGAAAUGUAUAACUUAUAAUUUAUUUACAAAAAAAAGUUUGGUUACGGCCCCGACCGGACAUCUUGCAUUAUUGUUAGAAAUAAAAUAGUUUAAGAGAGACUUCGUGCAGUCAUUCUAACAGAACAACACAAAUACGUACGUAAAUAUGUUGUACACGUAAACAUUCCUGUGAUGCACAUGCCGAAAAACUAAUCACAAUUAAUCGUUGUUUGGUUGUGCGAUUUUUUCUUACGUUUGUUGUUGAAAAUCAAUCUUUAUUUAGUUCACGUUGAACGCGAAGCAGCAACAUCUUCAACUUUCUUCCCACACGGCCAAACCGUGUUUAGAAAUCGCUUCGAUUGGCGUUGGACGCAAUCGCAUAACCGUUUAACAGAACGAUAAUUACGACAGCGAGUAUACCGCGAGUUUCGCAAAAGAAACGCCGUCAUCGCUACGAGUUCGGCAAAAAAAAUGAACUUGGUUUUUCGAGCCGCUUUCCGUCCGUCCCGAAAAUCAAAAGGUAACGAAGAAAAACGAAGUUGAGCGUAGGAAACACACUGUAAACAGCAGCACAGGGAGUGAUAUAUUGAAUAUUUACUUGUGGUACUUAUGUAAAACAUCAGUUAAAUUAUCAAUGUACUUAAAUAUUACUAAAACACGUAGGUCGUUGUUAGCGAGAUCAUCGCUAAUCGACGCGUGUCGUCAAUGUUUUUUUCUUUAAUCGUUUUUUCUCUUUUUUUUUAAUUUUACUUUAUUGUUUUUCUCUCAGACUGACAUCUUCUUCUCUCUUCCGUUCAUUCCCUCGUACGUUUCUCAAGUACGGGAUGAAACACGUGUACAUAAUGCGGUAUAACGAUUCGUUAUAUAAUAUUAUACUACGUUCAUGUACUUAUUUGUUUGUUUUUUUUUGUCCUUUACGUGUCUCGAUCGAUGUACGCUCAUUCACACAGUCUAUUCGACUAAGGACCGAAAGGGUGCGACAGGGACAGCAUCUUGAACUGUUCUCCGCUUCUUUAUUGAUAAUUUAUUCGGUGUUUUGUAAUUUAUAAACGGUGCAAGCAGGGGGUUGAAUGUUGUUUUUUCAUCAGAGAAGACGCGGAGAUCAGCCAAGACGCGUUCCGGUGUCUCAUCCGACUGAAAUUGGCGAGCGCAUAUCUUAGAGAGGCAGAUAAUUGUGGCACACACACACACACACACACACACACACGUACACUUUAGAAAGAGACACCGGAACGAAAAGCAUACAAGUGUGAAUAGGUGCACCGCGUGCCAAAUUAAAAAAAAAAAGUGCAACCGCGUUGCCUGCCACUUUGGACAGUACAUCGCGCACGCUUCCGUGGUUGUGUUGUACAUAGUAUCGCCGGUCGAUUCCUGGAUCAACGUACGAAUUAAUGCGUGUAUAUUUCGUAAAAGUAUCCUUGUUCAUUUUACAUUGUAUCUGCCACUGUAAAAAUACGAUUUAUUAUAUAUAUCUGUUGUGAUUAUCAAAAAAGAAA